CUGUGCUUGGCCUCCUCACGUUUUUGCCCAGCACCUAAAAUCUUCAAUAUCAUUUCACUGUAGAUUACCUUAGACCAUGGGAAUCGAAGCUGAAAAAAGAUUUGUGAUUGCCGUUUUCAUAAUAUCGGUGAUCAGUUGGGCAUCCCAAGCCAUGUCCCGGACGUUGCAUGACGAUGAAGCUUCCAUCAACGACAUGCACAAGCAAUGGAUGAGUCAGUACGGACGAACUUAUGCAAACGAUGCAGAGAAGGAAAGGCGUUCCCAGAUAUUCAGGGAAAAUGUGCGUUUCGUGGAAAACUUCAACAGUCAUUUGAAUAAUAGUCGUACCUUCAAGUUGGGCAUCAACAAGUUUUCAGAUUUGACAACUGAAGAAUUCCUCAAAUAUCAUACCGGAUCCAAGAUGCCUGAAAAAUACUCAAAACCGGUGGAAACUUCAUCUUUUAGGUAUCAAAACCUGACUGAUGUGCCCGCUACCAUCGACUGGAGGCAGCAAGGAGUUGUCACACCUAUAAAGGACCAAGGAAAAUGCGGGUGUUGUUGGGCAUUUUCGGCAGUAGCAGCUGUGGAGGGGAUUAUAAAAAUUAGAACUGGAAACCUAAUCUCACUGUCCGAGCAACAAGUUUUGGAUUGCACCCAAGGUACUAAUGGUUGCUAUGGCGGCUGGAUGAACGAUGCGUUUAAAUACAUAGUACAAAACCAAGGUAUAAGCACUAAUGCAAUCUACCAAUAUAAAGGAACGCAAGAAACAUGCAAGCCGGUGGAGAACGCUGCCCAAAUAUCAGGCUUUGUAGAUGUACCUCGCAAUGAUGAAGCAGCGUUGCUAAACGCUGUGUCUGGUCAACCGGUCUCGAUUACCAUCGAUACUACAACAAACGAGUUUAUCCAUUACCAACAGGGUGUCUUCAAUGGAGGUUGUGGUACAUCAACUAACCACGCAGUGACAUUGAUUGGAUAUGGAGUUACCGAGGAUGGCACCAAGUACUGGUUGCUCAAGAACUCAUGGGGUGAGGAAUGGGGUGAGAAUGGCUACAUGAGAAUUUUGAGGGAUUAUGAUUCCCCUGAAGGACUUUGUGGAAUUGCCCAAGUUCCUUCCUAUCCAACUGCAUAACUAUAAAUAUAUACAUAUAUACAUGUUUGCUAAAAGAGAAAAUAGAAUAAAUCUCGACCUACUAUUACUUCUAGAGAUUUGCAAUUCUCAUGUUUAUGCUAAUUUUUAGAUAUUAAAAAAGCCUACAUCUGCAACUUGUAUGCCUUUACUUUGGGAAUAAAGUAUCCAAUUAAUAUAGCUAA